CGGAAAAUUAAAGAAACUUCUGGACACCGACAAAAAGAAGAGAGGUAUCCCCUUCCCAAUUCAACUAACCAAAAAAAAAAGAGAAAAGGAAAUGCACAAAAUCCCCAAACCUAUUUUCUGAAUGGAAACCCUAACCCUCACCCGAAUACCCCUGUUCGGAUCCAUCGCUUUCUCCCGCUUUCGGAUCCUCCGUUUCUCCCUUUUCUUCGCCGGCGGCUGAAACCCCCUAGCCCUACCCGUUUAAUUUAAUUUUAUUGCUUUUCCUCUCAUUUCUGUUUGUUUUCAUAGGUAUAGAUGGUAAAUCUGUUAAUUGUACGGAUAAUAGAGAAAUAGGGAUAGAGAUAGAGAGAGAAAGAGAGAGAUUAGAGAGAAAGAGAUGGAGAGUGGGGCAGGAUCAGAUGGAGGAGUCGGGUCGAUCGUUUGGGUGCGCAGGAGGAACGGUUCGUGGUGGCCGGGGAAGAUACUGGGGCACGAAGAGUUACCUGCGUCUCACCUUACGUCUCCGAGGACCGGAACUCCGGUCAAACUUCUUGGCAGAGAGGAUGCUAGCGUUGAUUGGUAUAAUUUAGAAAAGUCUAAGCGUGUGAAGGCAUUUCGAUGUGGGGAGUUUGAUGAUUGCAUUGAAAGGGCAGAAUCCUCACAAGGUAUGCCACCAAAGAAAAGAGAGAAAUACGCUCGGCGGGAAGAUGCUAUCCUUCAUGCACUUGAACUUGAGAAAGAAUUGUUGAGAAAGCAAGCAAAAUUGGAUAGACCUUCUGAUGGAAGAAGUAAAUCAUCUGGUUCUGCUAAAAGGGAUUCUGGAGGUUCAGAUAUUAGUAAUGGAAAACCUGGGAAUUCAAAAUCAAAUCAAUCCAAGAGUCAAGAUACUUCCAUCAAGGUUGAGACUGUGAGCAGCCCUGUACACUUGCAAAAAGACCAGGUCGCAAAUCAGCCCAGUCGGGAGAAUGAUCAUGCUGAAAUCAUACCCCGGAUGAGAGGAUUGCAGAACUUGGGGCUCAAGACUGCAUUUGCAAAACAAAAGUUUACAUCUUUUGGUGCUUUGGAUGCUGGUGAUACUCUAUAUCCUUCCAGCAGGGUUUCUCACAUGGGAAGAACCACUCACAUUAAUGGAGAGCGGAUGAGUGGUGUUUUCCGAGCAAAGAGGUGCAGAGGCAUGUACUUGCCUGCUGAGUCAUUUGAUGUUUUGGAUUAUAAAGGAAUCCCUCCUAACCAGAUUGAGAUGUCACCUUCCCGUUACCUAGAAUGUGAUUCUUAUUCUUUUCCUAGUCACCUGAUUGAAGGCAAUACUGGUGAGUUCUUGGAAGGAGGUGAAUCUGGUUCUUCUGAAUCAACUUCAUCUGAAUCUGAGUCAGAGUCUGAUUCUUCUGAGACUGAUCCAGACAUGGAUGAAGAUAUCACUUCACAGUCAGGUGCUACUAUCUGUAUGGAUGCUCAAUUGGGUGCCUUUCAAAGGCCUGAUGCACUAGGAGGGGGAAGCAUGGGCCAGGGGGAGUCAGAUGAGUCAUCUCUUUCUGGUGAGAUGUCUCACUUUUAUUCUCAUGAUCAUCAUUCUGUGAAUGAAGCAGUGUCCAAAUGGCAGUUGAAAGGGAAAAGGAACAUACGGAACCUGGCAAAAAGAUCCAUGGAUGCAUCAGAGAUGAGAGGUUAUAAUGGAUAUGCUCAUGGAUUAUAUCAUGAAGUGGGAACAUUCAGAAGAAGGUUGUUAGGUCAGAGUUCUCGUAGAAAUCAUGAUUUUAACGAUGAUGUUGACAUGGCUGUUUUGAAUGCAAAAGAUUUCAGGACACAAAGGGUUGGUUUUGACGAUAGAGGAUAUUUGUAUACAGCAAGGAAUUCAUCCAGAAGUAGAAAUAGUUUCAAUCGUAACAUCAUUGAUUGGCAAGGCAUGUCUUGGGAGAACCCUGCUGCUGUGAAAAGAGAGUGGGAGGACAAAGCAUGGCACUUUGAUCCAAUUUUUGCUGCCUCACGUCAUUUUGGUGGGAAGAGAAGAUCUACGUUGAUAGAUGUGGAUUUGAAAGUCCAAGCAAGCUAUCAGAAAGAACCUGUACCUAUUGUUUCAUUGAUGAGCAAGUUGGAUGGGAAGGCAAUUAUAGGGCAUCCCAUUCAAAUUGAAGCCCUGGAAAAUGGUUCAACUGAGACCCUUCUCCCGACUAAUGGUUAUUUCAGUAAUGGACUAAUAAUUAACCAUGAUGGAAAUACUUCACUUCCGCCGGCAUGGAGGACCGCCAAGAGGACCAAUUUUAGGGUCCCACGUCCUCACCCACCAUUUGCAUUGGGUAGUUAUGAAGCUGCUGAAUAUCAUUCCUUGGAUCAUGAAGAAAAACCACCUUUCCAGCAAUACAAUGUAGGAAGCUCCGACUUUAAGGCAGGGCUGGUUAAAAAGGGCAUCUCUCACGUUCCGUGCUCUCCUACUGAUAGGAAGUUCCAAAGAAAGUUACCAAAGAAAGUAAGCUUAUUUUCUAGCCAUAAAACAAGAACUUUGUCAUCAAUUGGUAUAGAACAUAAUCUUAGUUCUAAGCCUAUACAUGAUAAUGGUAACUGUGGAAUGGAUGGAUUAAUCAAACCAGAGUCAUCUGGACCCACAACAGUGGCUUGCAUACCUGUCAAACUAGUAUUCAGUAGGUUACUUGAAAAGAUCAACAGGCCACCAUCAAAACCAGCUAGUAAAGUGAUUCUCUCCAGUAUUGGUUCUGUAAGAGAUCCAACAUAGAUUACAUUGUAUAUUGAUACAACGAAACAUUAAAUACAAUCAGCAAAAUAAGCAUUGCUAAUUUCCUCUUUUUGACAAAAAAGCAUUCGCAGCAACACUACAUUGUCAGCAUUGUCAAGGUGAGUCCCGCUUCUUUCUAAUUAUCAGCAUAGAAAUUAAGAUAUAUAUUAUGAACAUAUUCAUUUGUAGUGAUUUUAGGCUUUCACCUUUACUGUACAUCUGUAUCUGAGGAAUCAAUGGAAGAAAAUUUAUGUCAGGUAGGGAACAGGCAAUGAGAAAUUAUGCCAGAAGUUGGCAGUUUGGAAGUUGCAUAAAUAUGUAUAUCUGCUUUCCUCAGGCCAACCUAUUCCAUUAAUACCACAGUAAGUUCUAGAUUUUGUACU